GAGCAGACGAUUACAUACUUAUAAAUCAACAAAGAACGUCUCGUGAGUCCGGAUGAAUGUUAACGUAUAUUCUGUUUUAUUGCUCGAAACAAGCAAGUAUCUUUGACUAUGAAGCGUUGGAUCAAUAUGUUUCUGUGUGUAUUGCUUUUUAAUCAAAUGAAUGUGACAUUCCCAGCUCCUAGUAAAGCGGAGACGGAGAAAGACGACAAAUUAGAUUCUCUGGAAUAUGGUGGCGUCAGUGCCGGCGAACUGUUAGCUUACUCGGAAAGGAAAGAACUGUUAAAUUAUAAUUCAAAUAAAUUCAACUCUUUGACGUCUAGAAACAAACUGGAAUGUGACGCCUGCAAAUUUUUGACAGACUUCGUGCAAAGUGCUUUUCAUCUUCAAAACGCUCAAACCGACAUUCAAAAAGCCGCACUUAAUUUGUGCAUAAAAUUGAAAAUUGAGGAUACUAGAGUUUGUAAAGGAGUUAUCCCAGAAUUUCAGAACGAAGUCUUGACUGUUUUUGAUAAAGUUUUUUUAGACCCAAAUCAAAUUUGUGGUCUUGUUAUUGGGCCAUCUUGCGGAAAAGUGCGAUCAUUAUACCCAUCUUGGAAUGUCACUUUACCCAACGUUGCCAAACCUUAUAAUUCGCUCAAACGCCAAUCUAAACCUGGUCUGCCAACACUGACUAUUUUGCAUUUGUCCGAUGUUCACAUUGACCGUCAAUAUGCAGAAAAUACAAGCACAGAAUGUGGGGAACCUCUAUGUUGCAGAAAAUAUAAUGGUAAGGGUAAAGCAGGAUAUUGGGGAUCAUAUAAGUGCGACAUUCCUAUGCGUACAUUUGAAGCUGCACUUAAACGCAUCAAGAAAUCUCAUCCAAAAAUUGAUUUGGUAUAUUGGACUGGUGACGUCCCUCCACAUGACAUUUGGAACCAAUCACGAACUGAUCAGAUCAAGGCUAUGGAAUCAGCAGUAAAACUUUUCAUAAAGUAUUUUCCUGACAUAAAAGUGUAUCCAGCCAUGGGUAAUCACGAAAGUGCCCCUGUGAACAGCUUUCCACCUCCAUUUGUCACUGGUAAAAGCUCCAACAAAUGGCUUCUGGAUAGUUUUGCUGAUUUCUGGUCAUUUUGGUUGCCUGAACAUACAGGACCUACCAUUAGAAGAGGGGGAUACUACACUGUUCUACACUCAAAAGGAUUUCGAAUCAUCUCAUUGAAUGACAAUUAUUGUAAUAAUCAAAAUUGGUGGUUACUAAUAAACAGUACAGACCCAGCUGGACAACUUCAAUGGUUAAUAAAGGUGUUACAAGCUGCUGAAGACAACCAUGAGAAGGUACACAUCAUCAGCCAUAUUCCCAUUGGAACAUCGUCAUGUUUAAAAUACUGGAGCUGGAAUUAUUAUAGAAUAAUUAAUCGUUACGAAAACAUCAUUACGGGGCAAUUUCUUGGUCAUACCCAUCAGGAUCAUUUUGAGAUAUUUUAUGAUCUCCAGAAUAAAAGUCGAGCGAUCAAUGUUGCAUACAUCGGGCCCAGUUUAACCACAUAUCCAAAUCUGAAUCCAGGAUACCGUCUUUAUACUGUGGAUGGUAAUCAUGCGCAAUCAACAUAUGCCAUUUUGGAUCAUUCCACUUAUUAUCUGGAUUUGGUCAGUACAACCAAAGAAAACCUGGUUUGGAAAUUCGAAUACAGCGCUAAGGAAGCUUAUGAGAUGGCUUCGCUAGAGCCAGCUGCAUGGGAUGAUUUUGUCACUCGUUUGGGAAAGAAUUACACUCUGUUUCAGACAUACUUCAAAUACAAAUAUAAGUGUUCCCCUUAUCGCGAGAAGUGCACAUCGAGAGCUUGUAUUGUUGGUGAGUUAUGUGGCCUGCGAUCAGGUAGAUCACAUGACGAUCAUUACUUUUGUCGGAAUGUUACCAAGCUCGAAUACAACUUAUAGUAGAAUUCAAGUAAAAAGACUUUUUUAUUGAUAUCCGAGAAAUCAUAAAAAUUCAUUUUAUAUUUUAAUGCUGAGUUUUCAGGGAGGUGGCUAAAAGGAUUUAAAUGAGAACGUGUUUUUAUGUCACAUCCUUACUAUGACCUGUAACAUUUUGUAAAGUACAAGCGAACGUGUAUGUGUAAAUUGGUAUUUUUUAUUGUCAUUCGUGUGAAAAAUCAAAUGCAAAAUUUAAAUAAAAUCAACAUAAUAACGAA